AAUGUACAUUAAUAAUCUAACUAUUUAAUAAAAUGGUACAUUCGCGAGAGACUUAAGCAAUCCCUCACCCUAUAAACCACUAGAAAAGAUAAAGUUUUUCAUUUUGAAUAUAAAACGACGUCGCUUCACUACAUUUGUUUUUUUUUUUUUUUUGAAACUCAAAGCUAUUAAUUCAUGCCGAGUUCUUGUUCUAAUUCCAAAUUUAAAAUAAUCCACGAAACAACAAAUUGUGAAUUACGCCUAAAUUUUAUUUAUUUUUUAUUUUUGGAAAAAAUUAAAUUUGGAAAUAUCAGUUCCAUAUUAGUUUCCGAUUUCACAAUUAUCGAUCGUCGGAAGCAACAAGAAGAAUUGAAAAAUUGAAAACGAUGUCGUCGAGUUCAUCGCCGGACAUUGUUUCAAUUUUGGAGAACUCGAAGGAACUCGAUCGGUUAAGGAAAGAUCAGGAAGAUAUUCUAUCUGAGAUCAACAAGCUUCAUAAGAAGCUUCAAACCACUCCUGAAGUGGUUGAGAAGCCUGGAGAUAACUCAUUAGCAAAGCUGAAAAUGUUGUAUACUCAAGCAAAAGAACUUUCAGACACUGAAGCAAAUCUUUCCACUAUGUUGAUAAGCCAACUUGAUGCCCUGUUUCCUCCUGGACCGCAAGGACAACCACGAAGAAGAUUAGAAGGCAAUGAGCAGAAAAGGAAACGAGUGAAGACCGAGUCAGACAUUUCAAGGUUAACUCCUAGUAUGCGAAAUCAACUUGAAGCUUGUGCCAGUCUUAAGGGUGAACAGGUAGCAGCUAGGGUCACACCACGUAAUGCAGAUAAGGACGAAUGGUUUGUUGUAAAAGUGAUUCAUUUUGAUAAGGAAUUAAAGGAAUUUGAAGUACUUGAUGAGGAACCUGGUGAUGAUGAAGAUAGCAGUGGUCAAAGACAAUACAAGCUUCCCAUGGGAAAUAUCAUUCCUUUCCCCAAGAGUAAUGAUCCUUCAAGUGCCCAAGAUUUCCCUCCUGGAAAACAUGUUUUGGCAGUUUAUCCAGGAACUACUGCACUCUAUAAAGCAACAGUUGUUCAUGGCCAUCGCAGGAGGAAGACAGAUGAUUAUGUGUUGGAGUUUGAUGAUGACGAAGAAGACGGGUCGCUACCUCAAAGGACUGUGCCCUUCCACAAAGUGGUUCCUCUACCAGAAGGACAUCGUCAGUAAAGUACACAAGUAGUUUUUAGCUGUGUAUAGAGUAAAAACUAGCUUGUAUUUUUAUUACUUGUGUAAUAUGUCCAUGUGUGUUUUAAGUUAUUAAGAAGGACAUUGCAAUAUCUAUAAGCACGGGCACUCUUUGGAGUAGGCAUAUCCCGUUGUCGGACACACAUCGGUAUUUGACACAACACCGACACUUAUGUUUACAUUGAAUUAUGUCAUUUUUUCAAAUUUUUAUCGGUAUCGAUGUGUCAGUCUCUAUGUCGUGUCUGGUGUCUGUGUCUAUGUUCGUGCUUCAUAGGUAUAAUUUUAUGCCCGUAUGAAUGACAUUGUAGUUUAAUUUAAUGUUGGGAAUAUCCAAGGGUUGGUUCCUGAGAACCAAUAAUGUUGUAGUCUUGUCUCAGAUCUCAAUUAUGAAAGUUAAUCAGCCUUAACAUUUUGAAA